UCCAAGUAGUUAUUCACUUAGAAAGUUACCUGUUAAGCUCAGUGCAAUUACCAGCCUCCCUUAAUUAGUUAUAGGAUGCAGUUGUUGCAGCUAGCUCAAAAGAACUUGAAAGUAAUGUAAUACUCCUUUCAAAACACCUGAAGUAUUAGUUUGAGCCAAAGUAACCCUCUCAAUGUUCUCUAUUUCCAAAAGCUUUUGCCAUCAGAACUGUCACAAAAGGUUGGCUGCCGAGCAGCAUAGGUAGUUAAUUUGAUAUAAGGCUUGUAGGAAGGACUAAUUAAAAUAGAUCUACAUUUGGUUUUAAAACACUUUUUCCUUACUUUAUCUGCUAUGGACUUUGUCCUAACAAAGGAAUGACCAACGAAUGGUGUUCCAAACCUGCAGUAGGCCACGCUCACUGUUGAAUCUGGCUCCUCCUACCAAACUCUUGUAUCUUCUCACUUUUCUGGAUCCUGUGACCUUAGGAGCUUUAUUUUAUGCUGUACCAGCUAUGCAGAGAACAUGCAGCUCUCAAAGCAUCCCACUGUAUGUAAGUUUCUCUGCAGGGCACAAGCCCACCGCCCACAGCCGAGGCCUGGUGAAAAACGUCCAGAGAGCAGCGAGGCUCAGCCACGCACCGAGCUGUGCCGCUGGCCCUGCCAGUGCCCACCAGUGCCCAUCUGCAGCCCCGGGGUGAGCCUGCUGAAGGACGGCUGUGGCUGCUGCAAGGCCUGUGCCAAGCAGGCUGGAGAAGUCUGCAAUGAGGUGGACAUCUGUGAUCCCCACAAGGGUCUCUACUGCGACUACUCGCAGGAUGAGCCUAGGUAUGAAACAGGCGUGUGUGCAUAUCUGGUUGCUGUAGGGUGUGAGCUCAAUGGCAUUUACUAUCUCAAUGGGCAGACUUUCCAGCCUAACCCACUUUAUAAGUGCCUGUGUAUCAGUGGUGCGAUUGGAUGUACUCCUGUAUUCACACCAAAAUUAGCAGCAAGUCCCUGCUCCAGUGGCAUGAGUAUGAAGAAGACUGGACAAAGGGUGUGUAGCCCCGGACAGAACAAGCAGCUUCAAUCAGCCAACUACAGGCAGAUGUCAGCUUACAGAAACUUACCACUAGUUUUAAAGAAAAAGUGCCUGGUGCAGGCAACCCCUUGGACACCGUGUUCCAGGACCUGUGGCAUUGGUAUAUCCAGCAGAGUGACCAACGAAAACAAGAAGUGUGAAAUGAAAAAAGAGAAGAGAUUAUGCUUCAUUCAGCCUUGUCUGACCAAUAUCCUGAAGACAAUAAAGAUUCCAAAAGGAAAAACAUGCCAACCAACAUUCCAGCUUCCUAGAGCAGAGAAACUAUUUUUCUCUGGAUGUUCAACUACACAAAGCUACAAGUUAACUUUCUGUGGGGUAUGUAUGGACAAGAGGUGCUGUGUACCCAAUAAGUCCAAAAUGAUCACUCUCCAGUUUGAGUGUCCCAAUGAAGGUUUCUUUAAGUGGAAGAUGAUGUGGAUAACAUCUUGUGUAUGCCAGAGGAUUUGCAGUGAUCCAGGAGAUAUAUUUUCUGAACUCAAAAUUUUGUGAAUUAACACCACUGACUGUAACAUGCUGCAAGGAUGACAGCACAUUCACAUCCUGAAGAAUCAGCAUUACCUGUCACCCCAGCAAUGUUUGUGAAUAAAUAUAAAUGUGAAUAUUCAUUUAAAAAAACAUCUCGAAAAUGCAAGUAAGAAGGUAUCCUUUUAAACUUAACUGUUUUGGUAUGUGGAAAUACAUUCACAAGAAUUGUGUAUGUAACACUAAUGUCAAAAGGAGAACUUUUGGUAAUUCAAGAAAGCACAGUGAGACUGCUUGGUAACCUACCAUAGCACCUUGUCCAACAACACAAAUACAUCUAGAUUCACAGAUGCUGACUAAUCUAUACAAAAGCAAACAAAUGAACAAAAAAAACCAAAAACAAAACAAAACCGACCCUAUAACAUCAUCUAUUAUUCUUGAUUCUCAAAUUAACACCUUCUACCACGUAUCUUCAAAGGCAAAACACAUGAAUGCUGUUGUAAACACAAUAAAUUAAUUGUAAGACCCAAAUGCUCUUUACAGCAGAUAAUCUCUCUACUGCUAUGAAUAUAAACCAUGUCCU